GUCGGGGUUUGUCAGUGGAGCCUGUAGUGUUUUUCCUUGAGUUUUCUCCGUGAUUAUUGGAAAUGAAAAUCUAAAGAUGGUGUGAAAUGUGCGAUUUAUCCUUCGUGAAAUCGAACUCGGCCGGAGAAUUAUUGAAUCGUAUCGAAAUGACCCUCGAAAGUGGCACCGCGGAGCCUUCGAAUCUGAAACGAACCUUUACUUUGCCCAGGAACCCCUUCAAUACAGCCAAAAGAAGACCGAAAACCAACGAAAACGACUGCGACAUUAAAAUGGUCAACGAAAACAGCGAGAAAAACAAUAAGAAAGUUUUUCGUCGACCUUCGAUUAAAAAAAUCAUCAACAAAAUCGCGCAGCACAUCAGCGGAGUCCCAGGUAUCAAUCAAAACCUCGAAAACAACCGCGUCCCGCCUGUAGGUUUUCAAACGUGGGGCCCCAACGACACGCCCGGAGUCACGGGUCUUAAGAACCAGGGCAACACCUGCUUCAUUAACGCAGUCAUUCAAUGUAUUUCGCACACAGACAUUCUGGCCGAAUACUUUGUCCUGGACAAAUACAAAAUAGAUUUGAGCAGAAGGAACAAAUUGAACUCCAAGAAGUUUGGUACCAAAGGUGAAGUUACUGAGCAACUUGCUACUGUUUUGAAGGCAUUGUGGGCUUGCCAGUAUUGUCCUGAAUUGAGUACGAGUUUCAAACAGGUUUUGGAAAGGCACGGGUCUCAGUAUAAAGGGAAUCAGCAGCAUGACGCUCAGGAAUUUCUUUUGUGGUUGCUGGAUAAAGUACAUGAAGACUUGAAUACUGCAUCCAAGAAGAAAUACAAAAGUAUUAAAACAUCUGGUCGACCUGACGAAGUCAUAGCAGCCGAAACCCUCGAAAACUACCGUCGCUGCAACAACUCCUUUAUCCAAAGCGUGUUUCAAGCCCAGUACCGCUCCUCGCUAAGCUGCUCCAGAUGCCGGACCCAAUCGAACACCUUCGACCCGUUCCAGUGCAUUUCGGUGCAGCUGCCCCAGUUUCACAAGCAAAGCAUCUAUGUAACUGUCGUUUACACAUCCCAGCAGCCGCGUCAAGUGCAAAUCGGCCUUAACUUGCCUUCUGGAGCUUCAAUAAGCGAGCUAAGGGCCGUGCUGGAAUCGGACACUUCAAUUGAAAAAGAUAACAUGUUGCUGACUGAAAUAGGAGAUGCUGGAUUUAUGCGGACCUUUAAUAAUACCCAAUCUAUUGGGAUGAUUUCAGAAAUUGAUCCGAUUUAUUGUGUGGAAACGGCAAGAUUGAAAGACAAUGAUGAGGAUGCCACUAGCGCUUAUGUGCUGCUUUGUUGGAUUAAUGUCGUUAAAGAUUCUAAUGGGGAUUUGAAGAAAUUCGGUAGUCCUUAUACGAUGCAAGUUUCACGCGAAACCAACUAUGAUGAUUUGCAAAAGUUGAUUUUGAAAGAAAUGGCUCCAAUUUUACACGACGACAUUUUAACCUCUUCUCAAUCUAGAGGGAUCUUCAAAAUUCGCAUAUCCGAUCCAGCCUGGAACGAAACCGAACCACCCUGCUACCUAGAACCUCAACUCGAGCACCCGCUUUUCAUGGAAGCCAUAGACCAAGCCCUGGCUUUGUGCUCAGAAGAUGGCGGCCCGUGCCACGUCAAGCUCAUCUUAGAAUGGACCGAAAGUGCCAAAAAGUCCAUCAUAGCUGACGAUGCGGAUUUAAUCGAAGAACAUUCUACUGUUAAGAUUUUGAGGGCACAAGCGCUGCAAGGGGGCGCUCCUCUGACUUUGGAAGAGUGCCUGAGGGAUUAUACAGAAGCUGAAACGUUGACUGAUGCUUGGAGGUGUCCGCACUGUCAACAGUAUCAGCCCGUUGUGAAAACUUUGGACGUUUGGUCGUUGCCUGAUAUUUUGAUUGUACAUUUUAAACGAUUCAGACAGCAUACAAUUCGUGGAGGAAACUCUACCAAACUUACAACUAUGGUUGAGUUUCCAGUUUACGGUUUUGACAUGUCGCCUCAUUUGGCUUCAAAGCGUCACAUACCGCCAAAUAAUAUGACGGAAAGUGAGCUUAUCAAUGGCUGGUCUCCCUGGAAGCGUGCCAGAAAACCUUCAAAUUGCAAUGAAAAUAUUUAUGAUUUGUAUGCUGUUUGUUACCAUCACGGUACAGACUUGGAAACUGGACAUUAUACAGCUGCUUGUAAAAAUCCUUAUGACCAACAGUGGUAUCUUUAUGAUGAUGCUAAGGUUGUUAAUCUAAAUAAAGACUCAGAUGAAGUGACACCUUUACUGGUCAACAAUAGCGCCUAUAUUCUAUUCUAUCAGCGUCGUUCGAUGGGGCACAGCUCAAAUAAUAGCUCAGCUGCUAGUACCAGUUCUGUAGGUUCGGGCAAUGAUCAUUGGGUGUGCAGGAUGCCCAGAUUUGUACAACCAAAGUUCACCAAAUUACCAGAAAAAGUAGAAAAAAGCGUUUCGAUAAAAGACGAGCCCAAAACCAUAGAGCAAGAAGCAAAAGUUGACGAAGUAGUUGCUUUGAGAAACAGCCAAAACACUUUAUACAGUAGCAGAAAGUCUUUGGAGAUUAAAGUUUCGGAAAAUGUUAGGAAUUCGCCUACUUUAAGCCUCAAUCUUAACAGAUCCUCUUCAGAAGCCAAAAAAACCCUUUACACUACAAGUGUUUACAUAAACUCAACAAACCAAGAAAAUACUUCUCCAGUUUUGAGCAAUUUGAGAACUGAAGGGGUUAAAUUGGAUGUAACUUUAAGGGAACCCCCUAAGGAAUUAUAUACAACAACAGCUUCAAUUCAUCGACAUUCGGAUAUUGAAAAAGGGGUGUCUAGGACGCAACUCAACUGGAUGUCUCCGCAGCCAAUCAAAAAAUCCGCCUCCACUCAAGACAGCACUGGAGUGCUGUUUUCCGUAUGAGAGUUUUUCAAAUGCUGUAAAUAGUUGGCCUGUGUUAGUUGGGAAUUUUCAGAAAAAUUCAAACUAAUAUAGGCCUAAUUAAGUUUCAAAACCGAUUUUUGUUUUGUUUUCGUUUUUUUCCAGAUUUUAUUGUUUUUGGUCCCCCAUUAUUUUACAUGUCUAAAAAUGUAUAGAAAAAAAAAGUGAUAUUAUUGUAUAGCGUUAUACGGUAAUGAUAGAUUUUAUUUAAUUAUUAUUAUUUGGUUGUUUUAUAUGUUACAGUAAGGCCUAAGUUGGAUUCUAUUACAGGGUGAUACUCUUUCUCCUGUUUAUAAGUGAAAAAUGUUAUUAUUUUUUUUGAAUUAGUAAUUUAUUUUUUGUUUUGUUAUCAGGCCUCUGAGGAAAUUCUUUAUUUUUGUAUAAGUAUCAUCAAUAAUGUAUAAAUAGUAAGUGCCUAACUAGUUUUCUAUAUAAUAUAUAAUAAUGUGUGUAAAAUUAGUAUAAUAAUUUUAGGACAAAACCUUUUGUUUCGUUUUACAAGUGAACAUAUUUUGGGAAUAAAAAUAUUGUAACAUGUAAAACUGGUGCCUUAAAUUUAAUAUUUAUUGUUUUAUCGUUCUGUUACAUCACCGAAAUAAAAUUAAAAAAAUCUGUGUAUA